ACAAGAAGAAAACAAGACAGAUCUUUCUUGCCGCGAACCCUCAAACAGGAGUAUCUUUGAAUGGAAACAACACAGCCUUCAUUCCGACCACACAAAAAACUCCACAACAACAAAUUAUUUACCAUAUCCAAGUGUUAUAGAACUGCAAAAUGGCAUCUGGCAAGGCAGGACGCACCGACUAUGGCAAGUGGGACAAGGUGACUGCAGACCUAGUCGCCGAGACGGAGGAUGAAGAAAAGAAGGAAAUUGAAGAACAGAAGAAAGCCCUGGGAUUGGACGGCAAGUAUGCUCGCAGUGCCGCCGAAGCCGAGGAACGCAAAAAGGCACAAGAAGUCCUAAAGGCCAAGGAAACACUGGAGAGGUACCAGAAUCGAGAAAAGCAAGUCAUGACGGAAUUCAAGAAUUUGUUGGGACCGCCUCCAACCGACACUAACAAUAAGAAUGGAUUUGCCGAAGAAGUCAAGACGGGAGAACCCUCCAUUGUCCGCAUCAGCCGUGAUAUGGUUGAUGCGGGAAAACGAGUUGUCACGGUCGCCGAUACCAGUGGAAAUUCUCUCAGUGACUGUAUCGUCUUGACACAAGAUCUCAGUCACUUGGAGUCCAAAAUGGCUGCCAACGCGGCCAAUCCUAAUCUGAAGCCUAAAUCCUACGAGGGAGAUGCCGAAAAUGAAGUCGUCGAAGAAAAACAACCCAAACAUCGCAUCAUUUAUGGACUCAUCAAGGCAUUCUUCAGCAAUGUACACAAUUGUACUAUCCAUAUCAAAUGCAAAAUCAUCUCGGGUACCAUCGAACUCAGUCACUGCAAAAAUGUCAACAUCCAAAUUCACAAGGACGCCACUGUCGCCACCAUUCAAGCGGAUCUAUGCGAGGAUAUCACCAUUGACUUUAAAGAUGCACCCUCCAGCAAAAACACGGCCAUUCUACCGGGACAACCCAAACUCUACUGGGGAGACGACAAGGACGACAGAAUCUUCCACGCGGGUGUCAAGGCUAUGCGUGUACGCGUCUUUCGAGAUGAUUUUAUGGAGUCGGAAACGGUUGCCGAUUAUCUAAAGGAUGGCGCCGAACAGGUGGGAAACGCUACACCGGAAGAAUUCCAGUUUGUCACUUCCGUCGUCGAUGGAAAACUCAUCACGGAAAAAGUUAUUCGAGUCGGGGCUUCCACUGGACGCAAUGUUCGAGCCAUGACGCAACGAGAAAUGGACGAAGAACAAGUCACGCGAGAAAAGGCUGCCGCCAUGGCCAUUGAAAAGGCCGAAGAAAUGAUUCGAUUCGAACAAAAGAAUCCGAAUAGCGGCAACAAGAAAAAAUCACCCAACCCAGACGCCAAAAACAUAGAGGAUGACGCUGUGGAAGAAAUCUACGCAUCCAUGACGGCGGGAGAAAUCAAGUUGAUUGUGGACGAAUGCGAGCAAAAUAAGACUCGCGGAAAUGAAGCCUUCCAAGCGGGGGAAUACGGACAAGCUAUUUUGCUCUACAGUCUGUCACUCGACAAAUCGGAUGAACUCCCCGACAAGGCAACUCCCGGCGCCAAACAACUCUUUCGUCGCGAUUUGGUGCUCUCCAAUCGGGCCGCCUGCUUUUUGAAAUUAGGACAACAUGAAAAGGCACUGGACGAUGCCAAACGGGCACAAGAAAUUGAACCGACCAAUAUCAAGGCCAUUUUCCGUAGGGGUUUGUCCCUUCAUGCCAUGGGACGUUACGAAGAAGCCUUGCCCAUUCUGGCAGAAGCGCACAAAAUGGAACCCAAAAACAAACAAAUAAAACAGGCACUGCAAUUCGCCGAAGUUCGCAUGACGCAGGAGCUGAGAAAGCGCCAAGGGAUGUAGAAAAAUUCACCACGGCGACAAAGAAAUCGGUAUGUGUGUGUGCGUGAUUUGUGAGUUGUGGUGUGGUGUGGCCAAUGUACGGCUUGAAGGAUUUCAGGAGAGGCGGGAAGAUGGACGGAGUGACGGAAAUAGCUAUGAAAUUCCAUAACGAACAUGGUAAUUGGAGGAAUGUUUCCCUACUAACUAAAAGCCAUCGGGUGUGUUUGGCUGGCUAAGCAAUUGCAGCUGUUGAUUAUUGUACGAUAUAAGGUAGCGAAGAGUAUUACCAGU